AUGCCGCGUCGCAAUAAGAAAGGUGGAAAAGAUAACAAUAGUAUACACUUUAUAUUAUAUUCCAAUAUAUUUCGUCAUAUUAUCUUUAAGGACGUCCUUGGCGAUUCCAACUCAGAAGAUGAGUCAUAUAAUGAUAAUGCAUCUGUAUAUUCAUAUGUUUCGGAUAAUGCUCCCUCAUCUGUUAACGAUACCGAUGAAUUGUCUUUAAAUGAACGUUAUGAGGAAAAAUUUAUGCAAGCUUUGGAAAAUGCUACAGAAAAAUCAGCACAAACUAGAGUUUCGGCUUUGGAGAGUAUGUGCGACUUUAUGCAUCGUUAUAUGCCCGAUUGUGUUGAUGAUCGCAAGGAGACACUGAUCGACUGUAUAGAAAGAGUAUACGUCGUGGGUAAAGGCUCCGAACAGGUUUGGGGCGCUAGAUUAGCUCCUUUACUCGUCUUACAAUUGGGAGGUGAUGAGGGAAUUUCAAAGGCUUUAAAUCAAUUUUUGCUAACCACUGUCCAAGAUAAAUCGGUGUCGUUUGAUGCCCGCGCAAAAGUUGUCUGCAUGGGUUUAUUGAAUUUCUUUGGCAAUGUCGACAUUGGUGACCUAUUGACUUUGAUGCAAUUUUUCGAGGGCAUUUUUAGUGGUAGUUAUUUGAAGGGUGAUGAUAAAACACCCAUCUCUGUAAAUGCAGAUGCUGGUACAUUGCAUGCUGAGGCUUUGUCGUCAUGGGGCUUAUUAUUGACUAUGAUACCACCCGGAGAUUUUGUCUCCUGGAUGACUAGUGGUCAAUCAAUGUUGCCAUCAUUUAAAAAGCUUAUGGGUCUUUUACAAUCUCCUCAUUUGGAUGUACGCAUGGCUGCUGGUGAAACUUUAGCUUUAAUUUUAGAAUGCGGUCGUGCCCACGAUGAGGAUUUCCUAGAAGAGUACUUAAAUGAUUUAAUUGAAGCUGUCAAACAAUUGGCUACUGAUUCGCACAAAUACCGCGCCAAGCGCGAUCGUAAAGCCCAAAGAGCUACAUUCAGGGAUGUAUUGCGUUAUUUAGAGGAGGACAUUUCACCAGAAAUUACUAUACGUUUUGGUACUGAAAGCUUAGUUUUAGAUUCAUGGGCCAUACAUCAUCAGUAUUCGGCUUUGUGUGUUGUAAUGGGUCCUGGUAUGACCUCACAGUUACAAGAAAAUGAUUUUAUUCGUGAAAUAUUCGGUUUGGGUGCCAAACCUAAUCUAAACAAUGGAGCAUCCAGAGUCAAAACCUCUAAGUUAGAAAGACACUUAAUGAACGCUGCUGCCUUUAAGGCUCGCACUAUAUCAAGAGCUAAAAACCGUGAUAAACGUUCUGCAGUUUUUAACUAAAAUUAAUCAACAAUUGAAAUACCCAGUUUGUAGUUUAACUUUUCUCAACAAAUUUAACUUGUUAAAUUUUAUAUCUUACUUCUAAAACAUAGUUUUAUACAUGUGUUUAAGCUCCCUCCUUUUUUAAUUCUGAAUAUAUUUUUAUUUAAAUAUUCCUUUUUACCCAA